AUGAUUGCGACCAACCCUCACUUCUCUGAACGCAUGUCUUGUAUUAACUGUGGCUUCCAUGUAUUCUUCUUUCCUGCAGCAACCCCCAGCAAUCGCCGGAGUGCCGUGGAACUUCUUGAGGAAAGUAAGUCCCAAUAUGUGAAAAGCAGUAGUGUGUUGGACACAAAACAAAGCCUUAUGCAGAUGGCGACAGAUAACAUCUCUUCAAAUCGAAGGCUGUCCCAUCCUGUAACAAAUCAGCCUUUACGUGCCAAAUCUGAAUAUGAUUUAUCUCAGCUAAAGACAUCUGAGGAGUUCAGUUCGCCAUCAUUCCUAGGCUGCAGCAACCCAUCACUUAUGGACAUUGACUGUUCUACUACCGAAUCUGAUGGUCAGCUCAACCAAAGGCUAACCAAUGGAGUGCUCAAGUUGGAUACUAGUCUCAGACCUACCCAACAAAUGGAUGAAAUGGGGUCAUCAAUUCAUAGUAAAUCUCUACCUAUGACAACUUCUAUGAUCGACCAGUUGGAGGAUUUACCCCUUCCCAAUUCAGCCACUGUUGAUGACAUCGUAGAUAUGCUUCCUGAAAAAAUAACCCAGCAUUUUCAGAACCCACCUUUACAACGAAACUCUGAAGGGGUGGUUCUUCGCCGUCAAAAGCGCCCCAUUCAUAGGUCACAAUCAGAUGUGACCUAUCUGCACACACGCACAUCUGACAUACCUAGCAUGGGUUCACGUUUAUCUAGGGCAAGUGUUGAGCUAGAAAAGUUCUUCAAUGAAAUGGGCAUUGAUCGAACAAUACUUGACCCGAUGCUUCGGCAGCAAGAGGAGUCAGUGCAGAAGGAUGCAGAUUUUUUCGAAACGCUCAGCUCCCUAGACUCUCCAGACACACGUAGCAUCUGCAGCGGAAUAUCCCGAAGUGAGAAAGGGCAGUCAGAUGUCGAAACAUUGGAUCGUCAGCAGAACUCCCCACAGAACACCUCCAUUGUGGAGCGGAAUGCAAGAAUUAUCAAAUGGUUGUGCAAUGUUAAAAAAGCCCGGUCACAGUCUGCAAACUGA